AUGGGCUCAUUCUCCCCGUUAUCCGCCUUCGCCGAUCUGGCCCCGCCACCCCAUGACGAGCAGAUCGCGCUAACCCAAGUCCACGAUACCGACCCAAAUGAGCAGAAAGUGAACCUUUCAACGGAAGAAUACAAGGACAGAAAUGGGGAGCCAUGGGUUCUCCCCGUUGUGCGACAAACCGAACUUGAAUUGAUCAUGGACACAUCUCUAACACACAGCAAAUCAAGUGUACGCAGUCCUGCAAAUUUUAUCCAUGCCGCUCAAGAUAUGAUCUUUGGGCCGUUAUCAUCAGAGUUGAAGAGCAAAAUUGCCUCUAUUCAAACAGUCUCUGGGACAGGGGCUUGCCAUAUGGGCGCCAGGCUUUUAUGUGAUACAAUCAAGCCAAAGACGAUAUGGAUGCCAGAUCUCACUUACACAAGUCACGACGCUAUCUGGGACUGGAUGGGGACCGUUCAAAAGCGCGCAUACCCCUACAGCCUUCCCGAUCGAUCGGCAAUCGACUUCGAGAGGAUGUUAGAUUCUCUGAACACGAAAGCACAGAGAAAUGAUAUAAUCCUUCUGGAUUCCUGUGCGCAUGGAUCUAGCGGGCUCGAUCUUGAGCCACAUCAGUGGAUUGAGCUUGGCGAAGUCUGCCGGAGAAUUGAGAUAUUUCCAUUCUUUGAUUCCACGUACCAGGGGUUCGCGUCGGGGGACCCGGACACAGAUGUGUGGGCGAUCAGGUGCUUCGUGCAAUUAGGAUUGGAGGUCUGCGUUGCUCAGUCCUUUUCGCGAAAUUUUGGAUUAUCCGGCGAGAGGGUAGGAUGUUUACAUGUGGUACUUGCUUUUCCAGAUCAGCGCGAAGCUGUCUUGAACAAGCUUUAUUAUUACCAGCGUGGUCUGACCUCAACGCCGCCGACCUAUGGUGCUAACUUGGUGUCUACGAUCCUAACCUCCGAGAGUCUUUAUGCGGCGUGGCGGGCAGAUCUCAAGAGCAUGACUGACCGUAUCAAAAAACUCAGGCUGGGGUUAUAUGCUGAACUGAUCAAACGGAGGAGAGGUAUGUUUGCAUACACGAGCUUAUCCAAGCAACAUAUCGAGCUGCUGCGCAAGGAUUAUCAUAUCUAUAUCAUGAGCACCGGUCGAAUCUCGCUUCCGGGAUGUAUGUUGGGUGGUCCCAAAUGGUCAAAGUCGUAUUGCUAA